GAGCAUUUGGCCCGCCAGGAGGAGUUUGUGCAGGCAGUACGCCGGGUGGAUCGCAUAGAGACUAGUGUGGUGAGCAUUGUGAACAAGAUUGAUAUGGUACUGCAACGCUUAGAUACAAUUGAAGAGGCUCGGGCUCGAAGACGCGAAACGAUGUCGCAACUCUUAAAUUCAAUCGGAGAGCUCCAAUUUUCUGACAUCUUUUCUGUCGCAUUUCUGCUAUCCUUCGGCGCCUUGAUUCUCUAA